AUGCAACUCGCCCUACGAAAAAAACAAGUUUUAGAAUUGAAAUUCAAAAUUUUCGAGGAAAGAAAUAAAUUCGAAGUGGAGGGUGAUGAUCGUGGCAGAAAACAUCGAUAUGUCACCUCUUUGCCAGUUAAAUAUCAAAGCAUCAAUGUCAGCGGUGACGUAACUAAAAUCGAGGUGGUGCUGGAAGAAGCACCAGACGACAAUACCGUCCUUGCUGGUUCUAUACCUUCGGAAUUCAAUGCCAGCAUCGAAUUCAACUCAACAUAUCCAGGUGGAAUUCCAGAAACCGGAACGGUCGUGGUUAGAGCCGAGGAAGCACUGAUCGUCAUCCUAGUUCUCUUCCUUUGGGUUGCAGCAAUAGCCUUAUUUUUUAAUCGAUGGGGAAAGAUCAGAAUGUUGGAGCCCUAUCAACCGAAGUUUCAGCAACAACACAGACCAAGCUGCACGAUGGUCGACAUGAACGCGCUUCCGGAUCAUCCGGUGCACCAGGGUAGCUGCGUAACAAGCACCACCGAGUGUUGGAGACCCAGACAAAACAGCGUGUUCGUCGGUUCGAGCAGUUUAUCCCUCGUAGCGGUUGAUCAGGAGACCCCGAGACGACGCGCCAAAAGUGCGUUCGACCUGCAAUCUCUCGUAUUGGCUGAGUGUAACAACCUAAGAAGUAGCUUUGAUAAGGAGGAAGAAGUAGUAGUAACUAAUUUAAAGCCAACUUCGAAAUUGGGUCAACGGAGGACCAGCGUUUGUCAAUUGUUGUUGGAUAAACCAUUGCAACAGCGAGAAAGAGGGAUGAGCGUGUGUCACGUUGAUCGUGGAGAAUAUCAAAUACUUCACAAUCAAAAUUCUUCCCAGAGAGAUCGAGGUAUGAGUAUUUGUUACUUCGAUAGGACGGACGUAUUGGCGAAGCCACUUCAAAGGGACCACCACCGAGGUUCUUCGAACAUUUGUCAUUUCGACAGAAUGGACGUGUUGGCUAGUAGUAGACCAACGCCUUGUUUUCGUGAUCGCACCAGCGUUUCUCAAUUUGACAGAAUGGACGUUUUGGCAAAUCCAACUUCCUCUUAUCUUGGUAAAUCCCUCCUUAGAGAGAGACGCAUUAGCGUUUGCAACUUUUCGCGUCUACCCUCAUCGAAUAAUCUCGAUAAAAUCGAGACUAUGGUUCGAUCAACUCCUUCACCUUCUUCAGCCGUUUCCUCUUUGAUUAUCGAACCCCGUGAAGAUCCACGUACCGAUCAAAAUAAUCAAAAUAAUCAUGAUAAUAGCAUUGCCUAUUAUUUUGAUCGACCGUCCUGUAGUAAAACACCGGACGUUGUUUUAGGAUAUAAAGCUACGUGCGUUUAAAUUCACUCGAUCGAAGCUUGCUCAAUUUUUCUAUUUCAUUAAUAAAUAAAUAGAAUAUUUUGUUCCCAAUAUAAAUAUGUUUUUUAUUAAUGAUAAAUCAUUUGGAUACGUUCGUAAGUAUAAUAUGAUAGAUUCGAAUAGUUCCUACUUAAAUAGUUUCUAAGUUCUAUUCAUUGAAACUUAUUUCAUUUCCUCGCAACCGGUUAUUAUAUUAAUCGAGAGUAAGCUUCGUUUAAAUAUAAGCUCUUUGAAAUAACAAGAAGAGUUUUGAGCGGUGGUCAAGAAGUUCGUUGGACCAAUGAAGAAUAUUUUUUCAUAUUAAUCGUGAUUCCUUUUCAUAUUUAACGAAAGGGAUGAUAACAAACGAACGUGAUAAUUCUAUUAAAUCAAUGAUAACACAAAUGUGAACAAAUAUUUUCUAUUUAAAUAAUAUCUCUUUUAUCGCACAAUCGUAGCUUAGCUAACACCAAAGAAAAUUUCAUUUCUUUCUUAACUACACCAAUAAUAUUCUAUAUUUCAAAUGAAUAUAUAUUAUAUCUAUGUAGAAAAUUUGGAUGUCUUUAUAUAAAGUUUUUUGGGAAAUAAAUCUUCUAAAUUAGUUGUAGAUGAAAAUAUAAGAUUAGAAGGUAUUGAGAGCAUAUCUUUUAGCCAAUUGGCAAUAUUUCAAACGAUAUUCGUUGAAAAGAGUAUUCUAACACGAAAUGUACAUUUUUAUAUAUAUAAAAAAAGAAAAGAAAAAAAAAGACAAAAAAGAGAAAACUAAGCCUCGUGCCCUUAUUUACUUUUUUGAUACAACUUCGUUAGAAAUAAAUCGAGAAUGUUGGCCAAAUUACGGGAUUAAUUCCGUGCUUUUCAGUCGUCGUGAUUUUCCUUCUGAAAUUUAUUCUCUAUGCUCGAUUAAAGGCUCCUCUCCUUGAUACAAAGUGACAGCUUUUAAAGAAUAAUAUCGUCAAUCAAAAACAGACAAAAAUAUUUGUUUGUCAGGUUACUUGAAAUAUA